AUGACUCUCCUCACCCCUCUUCUUGUCGCUGCCCUGCUCUCUCUCGCCCCUUCACCUUCCUCAGCAGUCACCCUUCAAAGUAUCAUCGACGCAUACGGCCUCGAUUCCGGAUCGUACAAUUUUACGUGGCCGACUGAGACACUUGACUCCAGCGACGCGACGUCUUGGAUUAACCAGGAGUGGUCGACCAAUGGCAACAAGGUUGAUUGGGGAGGUAAUAACAUCGUCUUCACUGCCGACCCAUCAACGACGACGUCAACUCUUGUCCGCCGAGCGCACCAUUCCACGAAGACGGGUAGCUCCUCUUCGGCUGCCACUAGUGCGGUUACUUAUCCUACCAUCACCGACCUCAGUGGGGAGGCCCCUGCGCUUCGAAUCGAAUAUCCUUCUGGGUCAUAUUCAAAGCAGACUGGUGGAACGCAGUUCUAUGCUCAGCCCCUCAACGCCAGUAGCUCUGAUGCGUCCGAUGCUGUUGGCAAUUCGUCAAGAAAUGGAGAGCUUGAGAGGAUGCUCUUGGCCUAUGAUAUCUGGUUUCCUACUGGAUUCUCAUGGGUCAGAGGCGGAAAGCUUCCUGGUCUCAGAGGUGGCAAUGACCCUCAUGGAUGUUCUGGCGGCUCCGAGGCGGAUGGAGAGACGUGUUUCAGCUCUCGAUUGAUGUGGAGGACGAGUGGCGCUGGUGAAGUCUACGCAUACGUCCCUACCUCCCAAAAGGGCUUCUGCACAGAGACCGACGUCACCUGUAACUCCGACUACGGAACGUCCCUCUCUCGUGGCGGAUACUCGUUCGCCACAGGCAGGUGGCAGACAAUCUACAUGCUUGUAAUCCUCAACGAAGUCGGCACUGCCAACGGCCAGAUCGAACUCUGGUACAACGGUGUCCCAGCUGUCGCCCAUACCGACCUCAUCAUCCGCUCAUCUGACUCCAUAUCCUCCAUCGGCGGCCUCUACUUUUCCACCUUCUUUGGAGGUGACAACUCUGACUGGGCGUCUCCGACGGACCAGUAUGUCUACUUCAGGAACAUACAACUCUAUGGUGGGCAAGGGGCGUCGAACUUGACGGGCUCCAAUGCGGAGAGUGGAGCUGCGCCGAGUGCUGGAGGAAGCAUCUGGGCCUUGGGGAUGGGUGUCGUUCUGGGGAUGGUUGGUGUUUGGAUGGGCUUGUAA